CAGCUCGAUAAUCACCGUCACCUCCCGAGCCUGGCUGCCACCUGCGCGGGACACACUGCCACCAAACUGUGCCCAGGGCACCCACUCCUCCGCCACCACCAUGUCCCAGACCAAAGCGCCGAAGGUCCGCGCGACCCUCUUCUGCAUCCUGGUGGGCAUCGUGCUGGCCUUGGUGGCCGUGGUGACCGACCACUGGGCAGUGCUGAGCCCCGAGGUGAAGCACCACAAUGCCACCUGCGAGGCGGCCCACUUCGGCCUCUGGCGGAUUUGCACCAAGCGCAUUGUCAUGACUGACAGCAAGGACAAGACGUGCGGACCCAUCACCCUGCCUGGGGAGAAAAACUGUUCCUACUUCAGGCAUUUUAACCCUGGCGAGACCUCGGAGAUCUUCGAAGUCACUACUCAGAAAGAGUACAGCAUCUCGGCCGCCGCCAUCGCCGUCUUCAGCCUCGGCUUCAUCAUCAUGGGGACCACGUGCGCGCUGCUGUCCUGCGGGAGGAAGCGGGACUACCUGCUGCGGCCCGCGUCCAUGUUCUACGCGUUCGCAGGCCUGUGCAUCUUCGUGUCGGUGGAGGUCACGCGGCAGUCGGUGAAGCGCAUGAUCGACAGCGAGCACACGGCCUGGAUCGACUACUACUACUCCUGGUCCUUCGCCUGCGCCUGCGCCGCCUUCGUCCUCCUCUUCCUCGGCGGCCUCGCCCUCCUGCUCUUCUCCCUGCCUCGAAUGCCCCAGAACCCCUGGGAGUCCUGCAUGGACGCCGAGCCCGAGCACUAGCCCUCCCGGAGCCCCAGCCGCCCCCGGGGCUUUGCCCUCAGGAAGCCGGGCCUGGCCCAGAACGUUCUAGAGAGGAGGCGGGGCCUGCCCCUCCCCCGCGCCCACCAGCCCACCACAGCCGCGGCUGCUCCCCUCUCUGAGCCCUGCUCUGGGCUGUGACAGGCCUCCCUGGCAAUCCAGCAAGUGGACGUGAUGCACACCUGACGCCGGGCGGGCGCAGUGGGGCCAGCAGGUGCGCAGGUGUUUGGCGAGGACCGACCUUCCCCUGGAGCUCCAGGCCGCCCUCACUGAGCCACUUGUCUCUGAUAAGCUGGGUCCAGUUGUCCUCUGUUAGCCCUCUAGGGACACCCUGUGCUCCUUUACCAGUUCUGGGUGUUGCCUGUGUAAAUAGCCAACCCCUCCCUCCUUCUCUGGGACAAGAUACACCCUUUCCUUGGUUUCCAAGACACCUGAGGAGCAUUUUUUAACUGGGUACAACCUGUGUUUGAAAUAAAAGCUCUUUGAAAGCUUA